CCGCGGAUGGAUGCUGCGGGAAGGGGCUGCCAUUUGCCGCCCCUGCCAGCGGAGCGCGGACCUGCUCGCUCUCUCGCAGCGGCGGCCGCUGCCAGCGCGCUCCGCCGGCCCGGCCUCUGCAGCGGAGCCGCCUCGCCUCCCUCCGCGGCCGGCAGGGCGGGCGCCAUGAACCCCGGCUCCUCGGCGGGAGAGGAGCAGGGGGCGACGGGCGGCGGCGGAAGCGGCUCCGGGAGCGGCUGCCUGGGCGCCGAGGGCGGCGCGGACCCGCGGGGCGCGGGCGCAGCGGCGGCGGGGGCCGCUGCCCUGGAGGAGCCCGCGGCCGCCGGCGCGAAGGAGAAGGACGAGGCGCUGGAGGAGAAGCUGCGGAACUUAACUUUCCGGAAGCAGGUCUCUUACAGGAAAGCAAUCUCCCGGGCAGGCCUGCAGCACCUGACUCCUGCUCAUCCCCUCGGUCUUCCUGUGGCAAAUGGUCCAGCAAAGGAGCCCAGAGCAACUCUGGACUGGAGUGAGAACGCUGUGAACGGAGAGCACCUGUGGCUGGAGACCAACGUCUCGGGAGACCUGUGCUACCUGGGCGAGGAGAACUGCCAAGUCCGAUUUGCAAAAUCUGCCCUCAGGAGGAAGUGUGCAGUCUGUAAAAUCGUGGUCCACACCGCCUGCAUCGAACAGCUAGAAAAGAUUAAUUUCAGAUGUAAACCAACAUUUCGAGAAGGGGGCUCCAGAUCACCUAGAGAAAAUUUUGUGCGUCAUCACUGGGUGCACAGGCGUCGGCAGGAGGGAAAGUGUAAGCAGUGUGGUAAGGGCUUUCAGCAGAAAUUCUCCUUCCACAGUAAAGAGAUUGUGGCUAUCAGCUGUUCCUGGUGCAAGCAGGCGUUUCACAAUAAGGUGACCUGCUUUAUGCUGCAUCAAAUUGAGGAACCCUGCUCCCUGGGAGCUCAUGCUGCUGUUAUUGUCCCGCCCACCUGGAUCAUUAAGGUGAAGAAACCUCAGAACUCGCUGAAGGCUUCCAAUCGUAAGAAGAAGAGAACGAGCUUUAAAAGAAAAGCCAGUAAAAGGGGAACUGAACAGGAAAACAAAGGUCGUCCUUUUGUGAUAAAACCUAUCUCUUCUCCUCUCAUGAAACCUUUGCUUGUGUUUGUGAACCCCAAGAGUGGAGGCAACCAGGGAACCAAAGUCCUGCAGAUGUUCAUGUGGUACCUGAAUCCACGGCAAGUCUUUGAUCUUUCUCAGGAAGGGCCGAAAGAUGCGCUUGAGUUGUAUAGGAAAGUACCAAAUCUGCGAAUUCUGGCCUGUGGUGGGGAUGGAACGGUGGGCUGGAUCCUUUCUAUUCUGGAUGAACUGCAGCUGAGCCCUCAGCCUCCGGUUGGAGUCCUUCCUCUGGGGACUGGGAACGACCUGGCUCGGACUCUCAACUGGGGAGGGGGCUACACUGAUGAACCUGUUUCCAAAAUCCUCUGUCAAGUAGAAGAUGGGACAAUUGUACAGCUAGAUCGCUGGAACCUCCAUGUGGAAAGAAACCCAGACUUGCCUCCAGAAGAGCUUGAAGAUGGCGUGUGUAAGCUUCCUCUGAAUGUUUUCAAUAAUUACUUCAGCCUUGGAUUUGAUGCCCACGUCACACUGGAGUUCCAUGAAUCCCGAGAGGCAAAUCCAGAGAAAUUCAACAGUCGUUUUCGAAAUAAAAUGUUCUAUGCAGGGGCAGCAUUUUCUGAUUUCCUACAGAGAAGCUCUAGAGAUCUAUCCAAACACGUUAAAGUUGUUUGUGAUGGAACAGAUCUCACCCCAAAGAUUCAGGAACUGAAGUUCCAGUGUAUAGUAUUUUUAAAUAUACCCAGAUAUUGUGCUGGCACAAUGCCCUGGGGGAACCCAGGGGAUCACCAUGAUUUUGAACCUCAGCGUCAUGAUGAUGGCUAUAUUGAAGUUAUUGGAUUCACCAUGGCCUCUUUGGCUGCCCUGCAAGUCGGGGGCCACGGGGAAAGGCUGCACCAGUGCCGGGAGGUCAUGCUGCUGACGUACAAAUCCAUCCCCAUGCAAGUGGAUGGGGAGCCCUGCAGGCUGGCCCCCGCUAUGAUUCGGAUCUCCUUGAGGAAUCAGGCCAACAUGGUGCAGAAGAGCAAGAGGAGAACGUCCAUGCCUUUACUCAAUGAUCUCCAUCAGGUGCAAGCUGCGGACCUGCGGAGAGUGUCUGCCCCCCCUGGCUCCUUCACCAUUCCCCAGUCUAUCCCAGACCGCCUGAGGAUCCGCGUGAACAAAAUCAGUUUGCAAGACUAUGAAGGGUUCCACUAUGACAAAGAGAAACUCCGGGAAGCUUCCAUUCCUCUGGGUAUUCUAGUUGUGCGUGGAGACUGUGACUUGGAGACUUGCCGUAUGUACAUAGAUCGCCUGCAGGAGGACCUGCAAUCAGUUUCUUCUGGCUCCCACAGAGUUCAUUACCAGGACCAAGAAACCUCCUUCCCCAGGGCACUCUCAGCUCAGAGACUCUCCCCACGGUGGUGCUUUCUAGACGCAACUUCUGCUGAUCGCUUUUAUCGAAUAGACAGAUCUCAGGAACAUUUGCACUUUGUGAUGGAGAUUUCUCAAGAUGAGGUUUUUAUUCUGGACCCAGACAUGGCCUUGUCACAGCAGGCAGGGACACCGCCAGGAAUGCCUGACCUGGUGGUGGAGCAAGCCUCAGGGAUGUCAGACUGGUGGAAUCCUUCGCUACGGAGACGCAUGCUGAGUGACAGCGGUCUGGGAAUGAUAACUCCGCGUUUCGAGGACUCCGAUAUGAAAGAUCUCAGCCACUCCCAUGCGCUACAGUCUCCAGUCUCUUCAGAAGAUCACGCAAUUUUGCAGGCAGUAAUAACUGGUGAUCUUAUGAAGCUAAUAGAAAGCUAUAAAAAUGGAGGCAGUCUGCUAAUUCAGGGACCAGACCACUGUUCACUCCUUCACCACGCAGCUAAAACCGGCAACGGGGAAAUUGUGAAAUAUAUCCUUGAUCACGGACCUUCCGAGUUAUUGGAUAUGGCAGACAGCGAAACGGGUGAGACUGCACUGCACAAGGCUGCCUGCCAGCGGAACCGGGCCGUGUGCCAGCUUCUGGUGGAUGCAGGAGCAUCUCUGAGAAAGACGGACUCCAAGGGCAAGACGCCUCAAGACAGAGCUCAGCAGGCUGGGGACCCUGAUUUGGCUACUUACCUAGAAAGCCGUCAGAACUAUAAGAUCAUUGGCCACGAGGACCUGGAAACUACUGUUUGACCCUGGUAGACGGGCAAAGAGAACCUGAGCGAGCAUAUCACCUGGGCCCUCCCGGCGAUCGGGCAGCUCCCCUGGAAGAAGCUGAUGGAAUCCAUAAAUCUGUCUCUCUCCUGCAAGCAUCUGAAGCCAUGCCACCAGUUUUUAAGGGCUACUGAGAUGUACAACAGAAUCGAAUAGCCCACAGAGGACGAGGCAGGAUACCUGGAGAUUGGUGGAAAAUGAGUUCCACAAAAUUUGAUCUUUAUUGCUUCCAGCAAGUAGCAUGAACUUCUGUGUUCACCUGUAUCAUUUAUUUUAAAGAUUCAAAGGAUGUUCCUAUAAAUGGCACUGCUCCCUUCUCCCCUAUGCAUUCACCUUCCCCUGUACCGCACCAUUCUGCCUGUAACCACCCAGAAAAAAUUCGAUACAAUCUGUUCUCUUUACAUUCAGUCUUUGAAGACCACAAGACUGUCUGAAGGUCUUUUGAAACCCUCUGGUUGUCCUGCAGAAAUGUAACUGUAAAACUGCUUCCAUUUCCAAGACUAAAUAUACCAGGAUGACUUAGUGACGUUUUUUGCAUGUCACCCCUCCCUGCUCAUUUCUUUUUCAUCAUCUGGGAGCUGGGAGUUGCCACAUGGAUAAUGUCAACUUGUGCAUUGUAUCUCUGAGGCAUGGUGAGGUGGCAUGGGAGUCUCCUGUUCUCAGCGGGACCUCAGAGAGGUAACCCAGGGGUUGGCCCCAUGUGCGGGCCUGUUACUGAUGGCCACAAAGGCCAGGCUCAGCUUGGGCUGUUUGGACAGCUCCAUACUGCCCAGGUGUAGCCAUCUUUGCCUUUUGCUGCAAUAGAGGUGAGCAAUGGACUAAGCCAAGGCCCGUAACUAGUCUGCAGAAGCACUUAACUUUAAGUGCUGUUUCAACUGCAGAGCAGAAAAACCACGUGUGGGAACUGUGGCUACAGGAAAUGGAGCUCGGUGCCAGUGUUCACUUCUAGGCUUUUUUGAGUGAUAAUGGAAAGCAGGCUAAUGGACUUGAAAUAAAACAGCAGAAGCAAAAGUA